UUAAAAGUCUGUAUUCUCUUGAGCACAAAAAAUGUCUCUUGCAGAAACCUAUGUGCAUAAGUGAGUAAUAAAGGAAAGCUCUGACCUUAAUUGAAGAACAGGAUACCGUGAUCUGAAGGUUGCAGAAACAAAUGUCAGUCUUAAAGGAGACUUUUCUUGAUGCGGUGACUUUGCAAUGCUCUGCGGUAACUUGGGAUGCUCUGCGGUAACUUUGCGAUGCUCUGCGGUAAUUUUGCGAUGCUCUGCGGUGACUUUGCGAUACUCUGCGGUAACUUGCUAUGCUCUGCGUGAACUCUCUGGAUGCAACACGUGGUCUCUUGAUGGAUAGCGGUGCGGGCACUCUAGCUCUGGACUCUG